UCAAUUUGGGACUAUGGAGUAAAACUUUUCCCCAAAUGUUGACAAAUAGGCAGGGGAUGAGUAAAUGAGUAAUUUAGGAAUCGGAAGAAGGGAUAUGACUGCGCUUUUCCUUGUUGUCCGAAAUCUGCGUUAUAUUCACCCUUGGCAGAUGGCUCUGCAGAUCGGUGAGGCAACCAAAAUUCCAGAUAUAGAAAAAAAGUUAAUUGCAUUAAUAUUCGAUUUUAGGGUUUAGCAAUCCCUUAUAAUCCAUGCAAAAGGGCUAUCCUUUUUACUUUUUAUUCUUCAAUUCCCCAGUUCUUUCCCCUGCUGAUUAUAUAAGGCCCAUUUUCUGGGUAUCUGCUCGAUUUUUGCCCUCUUCAGCCAUUUUCAUUUUCUAUGUUUGGCUUGUCAGAGAAUGAGAAGAUGAAUACACCUGGAGGUAAUUAUUGGAAAGGGAAUGCCAACGGAGCAAAUGGCCAUGACAUCUUUUAUGACUUGCUCAGUAUUGUGGAUUUUCCGAUGGAGAGUUUGGAAGGGGAAGGCUCUAAUGAAGGUGGGGAUACUGUCCCUUCUGAGGAUGCAUAUAUUGACAUGUAUCCAUUCCCCCAAGCAUAUUUCCAGAAUGGCUCAUUGGAAGGGGUGUUCAAGAACGCUUAUGUAAGUUCCUCCAACUUUUAGUUCCUGCAUUUGAAUGCUUUGCAUGAGAUUUGUGUAUUCUCUUAAUUAGUAAUUCAAUGAUAAAUCAUUGUGGUUUAAGGAAAUUAUACUUGGUAGUAUAAGGAAAUAAAGUACUGUGAUCCUAAAAUCUACUAAGGCAGUGAAGGUCAGAUGCUACUUUUGGAGAGUGUCAUGUUUCAACGUGACAUGUAAAAUGUCGGCUGUCUGGAGGAAUGUUCAUUACCAAAGUGGUUCUUCCCUAGCACUUGGGGUUUUAUUCUUUUCUCCUUCACCGAGGCCUUCAGUUUGAAGUAAUUUGGACCUGGUUUGAUUUUCGGUUUUUCUACUUUUGUUCUUCCGUGCCGGGAGCUUCUUGGCUUUUGAUUGGAUUUUUUUUCUUACGACAAAAUGGUUGGAACAUGCCCUCUGGAGGAUCUUUACACUCAUCUUGCUAUUGGUGAUGAGGAGGAAGAUGCUCAAAUUUUUGAGGAUAUUCUUGUGUCGGGGCUUUCGUCGUUCUUGGAGGAGAGUGCCCCCCAGGAAAAUCAGGUGUUGAAUCUUGUUCAAGACCCUUCUGGUGGUGCACCCGCCCCUCUCACGGAGACCUCAUCAGAAGAAACGAUGCUCAUAAACUCCGACUCUAGCAUCCUCUUUCCUGACUUUCUUGUUCCUGUUGGUAAGCGGUCAAAGCGCACUAGAUCCCCAAACGUUAAUCGAUGGAGUUUGAUUGCUCCCAUAUUUUGUUCUUCAGCUCCAUCCAGAAAUACUUCGGUACUUUCUGGCAUCCAAAUGGACCCACCGAGUCCCAAAAAGAUGAAAAAGAGAGUGCUGUCACCGAAAUCGAUUCCCGUGAAGUAUGGUAGAGGGCCAGGAGUGAAUGGUUCUGUUAGAGAAUGUACACACUGUCACGUAAAAAAGACGCCGCAGUGGAGAGAGGGGCCAUUAGGGCCCAAUACUCUAUGCAAUGCCUGUGGAGUCCGAUACCGUACCGGGCGGCUGUUUCCGGAGUAUCGACCAGCUGCUAGUCCAACCUUUAUACCUUCUGUGCACACAAACUUGCACAGGGAAGUCCUUCGAAAGAGAGGACAACUUUGAUUGAAGAUGAGGAAAUUCGGCAUGGUUAAGUGUUGUAUUUGGGGGCAUUGUGAGUUAGAGUUAGAAAGGAUGUUGAUUAGUGACCAAAUUUGAUUUUCAUUUGGCUUAAUUUAUUUAUUUAUUUUGUUUGUUGUGGUAGGAAGUAAAGAAAGACUAGAUUUUAAUUUACUCCCACCUUACAGGUGAAGUAUACAAAAUAAAAUAAUGCUAAAAUGUGGUCACUGUUUUUGUUUUGUUUUAUUAUCAUUAUUGUUAUUA